UCUCCGCUCUCUCGCAGGGUCGGCGUCUGCCUGGUCCCUGCGCUGGCCGAGGAGGCGAGGCGGGAGGUUCUGCAGCAGCUCCAUGUCGAGUGGCCCCGUGGCUCCGAUGGCUCGGCUCUCUCCGACAAUGUCUCAGCCUUGAAGCGAGCGCUGGGCCAGUCCCCCUGUGCCACAGCCUGUGAGCAGGGGCCAGGCACUGCCGCGCUGCCUGAGGAUGUCAUCUGUAAGGUGCACCUGAAGAGCUUUGUGGAGCAGCAGGGCUUGGCAGGCUACGACCCCAACCUAGAUGUCCUUCUCGUGACAGAGGGGAAGCUGCGGUCCCUGGCUGAGCUGCAGCAAGCCGUUCUGCAGUGCACGGCCGGAGGCCAGGGGAGCUGCUGCAGCAUCGUGCACGUGGUGAGCUGCGAGGAGGAAUUCCAGCAGCAGCAGCUGGAUCUGCUCUGGAGGAUUUUGGAUCCAGGAGCCCACACGGCUUUGCAGAAACACCUUGUCUGUGGGCCAGUGAAGGUGACAAACCCCUCAUCGCCCAUCGGGGCAGACCAGUACUUCCAGCUCCGAAGGCACCAGAUGUACGAAGCCUCUGUGAUGAAGUACGGGGAACUUGCGCAAGAUGAGGCCUGGACUGAGGUGAUCGAUGGCCUCACCGCAGCUGCCAUCAGGUUCGAGAUGCUGGGCACUGCUCACCGCAGUCAGAUCACCCUGGACCUGCAGGACAGCAGCAUCUCCACAAAGGGAACCAAGAGCGGUGCCUUUGUGAUGUACAACUGUGCCCGGCUGGCCACGCUCUUUGACACCUACCAGCGGGCUGUGGAGCGGGGUACCUACCCACCUCUGCCACCAGCAUCAGAGCUGAACUACUCCUGCCUCAGGGAAGAGGGUGAAUGGCUCCUGCUCUUCAACUAUCUCCUGCCUUUCCCUGAAGUCCUGCAGCAGGCAGCACAGCUGCCUGCCCCCACCAAGGGGAUCCGCAUCACAGCCAACACAGAGACAGUGUGCAAGUUCCUGAUCCAGCUCAGCAUGGAUUUCAGCUCCUACUACAACCGGGUCCACAUCCUGGGGGAGCCAUUCCCUCAUCUCUUUGACCAGAUGUUUGCCCGCCUCCGGCUGAUGGGAGCAGUGAGGGACGUGUUCCACAGCGCACUGGCAACUCUGCACCUCCCUCCUCUCAGUCAGAUCUGAGCCACCACUGAAGAGCUGUGCCAUGGUGUGACAGACACCCCGACAACAUGCCACGAGGGGAAGGACAGGGCACGUCCUCCCUGGCAGGGCAAGGGGCUGCC